UGGGGCUGGAAAGCCUGAAAGCUGGCAAGUCCUGAAUGAUAAAAAAAACAGGCGUCCCGGAGCCGCUGACUCGAGGAUUUCCAUUGCAGUAAGCAAAGUUUUCACCGAGGCAGUUGUCUCCAUGCUGGCUGCGGGCCUGCAUUGUUUUCUCUUGUGAGGAAGAAGGAAAAGCUGGUUUGGGGAGGGGGGGGUUGCUAUUUGAUCAUUUCUUUUAAUUUCUUCCCUCUUUCCCCCUCCUGUUUUUUUUGUCCUGAGGUAAUUUCUUUUACCUCAGUAUUUUUUUUUGGGGGGGGGGAAGGGGAGAGAGAGAGAAAUAUGGAGGGCCCACGGUGUAGUGGGCUGAAGCAGAGCAGGCGAUCCCGGUCUCAGAGGGACAGAGUGAGGAGACGGGAGGCUGCGAGCCGCAAUGCCCGGCCGCACAGCCCUUCCUCGGGUUCCGAGAGGGACGAGAACCCGAGCCCCGGCAAAACGGCGGCGAUCCCCGCUUCAUCCCGUUCCUGCCGCCCCCCUCGCCGCAAGAGACGGGCAUCGAGCUCCCAGGAAGAGGACAUCAUCGACGGAUUUGCGAUCGCCAGUUUCACCACCCUGGAAGCUUUGGAGAAGGACCUUGCACUUAGACCACAAGAACGAAAUGAAAAGUGGGAGAAGCAAGUUGGAAAGAAACCACGCCAGAUGGCAAAUGGCAUGUUGGCAGAGCCAAGUGAAAAUGGGCAUGAGAACGAAAAUAGUACCUUCGAAAGAGGACGAGAUCAAGGAAAGGAUCGAACAAAGAGAAAAGUUCCACUAAAGAACUCCACUCAGGCUAAUUACUAAGGAGCGGUGCCCAGAUCUACUCUCAGUACCAAACGGGAUCUAACAAGAGUCUGAGAUAACAAGGUGUGGAGCUGGAUGAACACAGCAGACCAG